CUGCUGCAGCUCCGAGGCUCUUCUCUUCUAACCGGCUGCUCACCGGCGGUAAACAGUCCAGCCAACAUGGCGUCCUCCAUGAGGAAAGCAGCCCACGACAUAGAAACGCGAAAGCGGACCGAUGAUGUGCUUUUGUCGGAGGGGGUCGACUUCUGCUCCCUCCUGCUGUCUCAGCCCGUGUUGGACGGACUGUCCGCCGCAGGCUUUCAGAAACCCUCCCCGAUCCAGCUCAAGGCCAUCCCGCUGGGCCGCUGCGGACUCGAUUUGAUCGUACAGGCCAAGUCUGGCACGGGUAAGACGUGCGUGUUCUGCACCAUCGCCCUGGACUCUCUGGUCCUGGAGAAUCCGGCAACUCAGGUUCUUGUGUUGGCUCCUACGCGUGAGAUAGCAGUGCAGAUCCACUCAGUAGUGAUGGCCAUCGGCUGUGCCAUGGAGGGCCUGGAGUGCCACGUUUUUAUCGGGGGCAGGUCCGUGAGUCAGGACAAACCCCACCUGAAGAAAUGCCAUGUAGCUGUGGGCUCGCCUGGUCGUAUCAAGCAGCUUAUUGAGCUGGGCAUGUUGUCCACGGCCAGCAUCAGACUGUUUGUUCUGGAUGAGGCAGACAAGCUGCUGGAAGAAGGCAGCUUCCAGGAGCAGAUAAACUGGAUCUUCUCCUCUCUGCCUGUGAAUAAGCAGAUGCUCGCACUCUCUGCCACCUACCCAGAAUCCCUUGCGCAGCACCUUACCCGCUACAUGAGGGAGCCCACCUUUGUUAGACUCAAUCCCAGUGACAUGGGCCUCAAAGGUCUGAAGCAGUAUUACAAGCUGGUGCAGUCCCAUCCGUUACCUCACAAGGUUUUUGAGGAGAAGGUGCAGCACUUAUUGGAGCUGUUCAGUAAAAUCCCAUUCAACCAGGCCCUAGUGUUUUCCAACCUACACACAAGGGCUCAGCACCUGGCAGAUAUCCUGUCCUCCAAAGGCUUACCUGCUGUUUGUAUCUCAGGUGGUCUGAGUCAGGACCAGAGACUGGAGGCGAUGUCCAAACUGAAGCAGUACCAGUGCAGGGUGCUCAUCUCCACUGACCUGACUUCCAGAGGCAUAGAUGCAGACAAAGUCAACUUGGUGAUAAACCUGGAUGUACCGCAGGACUGGGAAACCUACAUGCACAGAAUCGGACGGGCCGGGCGCUUCGGCACUCAGGGGCUGGCUGUGACAUACUGUUGCCAUGGUGAGGAGGAAAACAAGAUGAUGGCCAUUGCUCAAAAGUGUGGCCUGAGUUUGUCCGCGUUGCCGUCCGCCAUAGAGCCUGGGCUGAUGGACGAGCCGUGCGACUGGGAUGUCUGCACUGAGGCUGCCACUCCGGUCUCCUUGUCCCAGUUCAUCUCCAGGACAGAGAAGAAGAGGCGUGCCAAGGCUGACAUGCCUGCUGCUGCUGCUGCUACCGCCUCCAUCACAGACCAAGCUGUAGAGCAUAAGGGACCAACAAAGCCAGAGAAGACCCAUCCAACACCCAAGAGAGGAGCACACAAUGACCAAGCUGCUAGAAAAGUCUCUCCUGUUAGUCCUACUCAGGAGGUCCAGAGCCGAAAACAGAUGCAAGACGCAUUACCGAAGAUCCCUCCUCUCAGCUCGUACAAGAGUUGCAGGUCGAGGUUUAUGACCUUUGAGGAAGCUGAGCGGGACUUCCAGAGCUUCAUUACCACGGGGUUGGGGAGAUCAGUGGAGGUCAUCAGGGAGUUCAGAGGUCGGGAGGAAGACUGCUCCAGUGACCAGAAUGGGCACAGAGUGUCUUUCACACUUAAUGAUGAAGGAGCUCAAAGUUUAACACAAAAUAGAGGACAAUGGAAAUCUAACUUUUCACCCACAAGGUCAGUUUCUGGUUCUUCGGGCUCCGAGUCAGACAUGGAGGAGAGCCAGCCAGAUAAUGAGACACUGGGAAGCUCAGAUCACACUAGAGGAGGUGAACACAGAGUGGUGACGCAACCUCAGACUGAUGCUAGAAAUACACUAACUGUAGCCAAACCAAAAUCAAGUCCCAAAGCUUAUACUUCUUCUGCACCCAAAGUACAUCACCAGGUGCCUGAGAACUACAAAUCUGUGCCAAGCAUCAGUUCAAAAAGAGUAACCAAUCAGGCUGCUUCGGCGCAGACUGGCAGACAUGAAUCAAGAAAGGCGAAAGGAGAGAUUGGGAAACGGAACAAAAAGCUCUCGGAGAAGAUGAACAGAGAGCAAAUGAGGGACAGGGACGAAGGUGAACAAGAUGGUGAUGAUGAUGAAGACGCCGGUGAUGAGUGGGGUGCUGAGACUUACUGGAGAGCCUGCUAUAGAGCCUGGAACGAUUACUACGCCUCCAUGGCUCCUUUUCAAGAGCAAGGCUACCAAAGCUACUACAGCGUAGCUCACAACUGGAUGGCGGCUUAUCGAAUGAACGCCGUCUACAUGGAAGAACUCCUUAAAAACUAAAGACUUGUCUUUACUGUUGAUCAGUUUUUGCACUUCUGGUCUAACACACUGCACUUAAAUGUCUUUGAGUGUGUAUAUUUCAACAAAUACCACAUACUUGUGUGUCACAAAUGACUUUUCUAAUAAAUCACCAGUGGGGAGCAUGUA